AUGUCGUCGAAAAGAAAAAACACGCCAACAAAGCUGUCCAAAGAAGACCAGGCCAGCGACAAGUCCGCACCCAGCACGGGCAACUGCGACCUGGACGUCGACGCCAGCUCCGAGAAAUCUGCAAGCUGCUGUAGCAGUAUUGGGAUCAGCGAGGACACCGAAGACAUCACGGUGGCCGAGAGUGAGGAGGGAGAUGACGACAGCUAUCUCGACAGGCAGCUGGAACUUGCUUGCUCUACUAGCCAUGGCCUGAAACGUAGCGGUCAUUGUCAGUCCGCUUCGGAAUCAGACGUUGAUGACAAUUGUUCUUCUCCUUAUGUUGCAACUAAGACUCUGACACUGAAUCCAAACUCCACACUUGGGAGUAUAUCAGGGUCGCUGUCUGCUGCCUUUGGUGAACAUCCUUGCAAACGAUCAAUGGAGUCGGUGCUGCGGCGGCUGAACUCCAGGGUCAAUGACGUUUCUAUGGAGAUGGCCUUCAGCGUCGAUGACUUUGACGACAGUCCCAAGGUGAUGAGUGCCGUCCACGCCGUGCUGGCAGGAGAUGGAACUCUGAUCGAGAAGGAGCGCCAAAUUAGCGAGAUCAUCAGCCAUCUUCAGAAUAUUCGCGAGAAUCUCAGCAAGCAGAAACACCAGAGUGUACAUAGACACACCGACGACUCCAGACUUGCCACAGCAGCAGUAGCCGCCGCCG